AUGAAGCCGACAGCACCACCCGUCAAACGAGGGCGUGGAAGACCGAGAGGAAGCAAGAAUCAACCAGGUGCAGGACAUGUUGGCAGGCCACGCAAUGAUGGACAGCCCCCUCGAAAACGGCAUAAAGGACACGACGAUGCGGAGAUGUUGGAGGCACCUACUGCCUCAACCGUCGUGCAAACACCGCACAUUUCGCCCCUCAAUACUGAUGCCCAAGGACAGCAAUCUGAGCCUGCUGCCAGCAUUUCGCCUCAAACCUCAACCCACCAGCCACGGGACUUCUCUGAGUCUGGACUGGCCGCGACUAUACGCGAGGCUGAUCCACCUGCGGAGUCGGCAGCUACGAGCAGCGGGAUGACUCGGCGGCAGCCGUGGAGGCACGAUGCAAAUGCACCUGCACUGCCACCAUCACCAACGGUUGAGCCGCAGAGUGCGACGGGUCUUAUUGAUGUUCCUGAGAACCCGUAUGGCUCUGAUCUCGAAGCACCUGCCCCUCGCGAUGACACUGAAAGUGAUCAGGAUGAGGAAGCAUCCCUGGAAGACGAGUUUCGCCCUGUUCCUGAUGACGGAGGAGAGGACGAAGACACGGAGCAUGGAAGGGGGACCUCGACAUCUGGGUCUGUAGGCAGAUCUUCGUCGAGGUCAACAAUGCCACUUUGGCUUAGCGAGUCCUAUAAAGCUGUAGAGACGAUGUUGAAAAAAGAAAUCAAGCAGACCUUCUUUGUUUGGCUCCCGCACUGUUUGCUGGGUGACCGCAUUCCCUGCCCUCAAUGCAAAGCAAACAAUGAGCUGACAAACCAAGGAAAGCCGGUUUUUCUUCAGCGGCUUGGAUGGAUCGGAAAGCCUCGACGUGUGGUUGAUGUAGCUCGGAAUGUCUACAUCAUUGGGUACCGCUACAACUGUGUCCACCCUGGAUGCCGCAAGACAUAUCGAAGCUGGAGCUCCGCAAUUCUCAAUGUUCUUCCUGCACCAGUGGCCAUGCAAUUCCCCUUCCAAUUGACUUACCGCAGUGGGCUCUCAAAUAGCCUCGUUUUGCUUUUGCACUCCUCGAUCAGGGCAGGGAUAGGACCAGUGCCAUUCAUGCAGAUGUUGCAGUCAUUCCACUACGAACACUUCGACAAUCUUCACCUUCAAUACCUGGAGCUCGUGCACGACCGCUACAAAAGUUGUCCGAAACAGUUUUGGGUCCGCAAGCAAGCAUUCGGCUUGUUCAGUGACCGAAAUGGCUACGCUGGAUUUGUACCAAGUGCAGGGUACCUCCGUCGCUUUUAUGACAUGAUUAUCGAACAGCGAUCGACGGAGAUGAAACAGUGUAUUGCCAUGCUCCCGGCGAGAAUUAUCAAACGGCUCGGUAGGGUGGGCAGUGCUCCCCUAUUCACUGCACUUCAUACUGUGGUGAAUGAGUACUCCGAGAUUCGGUCCAUGCUCUUCACAAUGAUGAAGGGACAUGAUCAAUACAUGCCCAAUCUGCGCGAAAUCAGCGAGUCACUGGCGAAGUUUGGACAUCCUGAGGUCCAGGCUGUUUUCACCGAUAACGUCCGCGCAGACAAAAACGAACUCGAGCGAGUGUUCCCGUCCCUCUUAAAAGACGUUGUCCCCGUCCUCCCACAUAGUUCCCUUCCCCUGCUUGAAUUUCCUCAUGGAUCAUGGACCGUCGUCGAGCUGAGCAACACCCAUCAAGUCAAUCACCGCUUUGAUGUCAUCAUGAACCAUCGAACAACGACAAACCCGAACGUUACGGUUGCAUUCGACAUGGAAUGGCCAGUCAAUUUGGAGACGGGAAUCCACGGUCCUGUUGCCUUGAUUCAAGUGGCAUAUCAAAAUACUGUCUAUCUAAUUAAGACUGCUCCGUUUCUCGAAAAUGGUGUCAUCAAGCUCCCACACUCCCUCCUCGUGUUUUUGCGUUCGCCACUGUUUAAGAAAGUUGGUGUUUCAGUCGGAGCUGACUUCAAGCGGCUGCAGAAUGACUGCGGGAUGCAUCAUGGUGCAGCAUCGGAUGAACCGUUUGCAGGACACGUGGAGCUGGGAGCAAUGGCUAAGGAGCGUGGUGCUACCGUGAAGAGGACUGUGGGGCUUGCUGAACUCGUCGGAAUACUUCUCGGCAGGCACCUACCGAAGGACCCCCAAGUCCGUGUUAGCCCUCGGUGGGCUGAUGCAGUGCUCCCCCAGGAGUACAUCAACUAUGCUGUGCUCGAUGUCUAUGCCAUCUCCCAGGUGCAUUUACAGCUCGCGGGGAUGGACAUUGCCCAGCCUGUUGUGGCCACCACCCCUAGUGGGACUGCAAUUGCACUCCUGGCACCUGACGGACAGGAGGUGGCUCACGGAAUUGUGGCCCUCGAACGUCCUCCUGCCCUCGAUGGUGUUGACGUGUCACCGAAACGAGUCGUGAUGACAGUUUCUAAGGUGCUCGUGUCAUCUUUCCUGCUUCCUGCUCGCCUACAGAAAGCAAAGCAGGCAAAAUCACUCGCGUCAUUCAGCAGUACUCCGUUUUCUAUUGUUGCUGAUAUCCGAAACCUUCGCAUCUGCCCCUCAACUCACAAUGAAGGCUCUGAUGGUCCAUCAUCUGGUUCAUACACGGAAACCCUUGGCGACCACCAGGAUCCCGAGUCUGGAGUCUUGGAUGCAGGAUAUAUUGAUAGCAGCAGCCCUCUGACGAGCACUCUUGUCCCAAAUGAGGAUGAGUGUGAUGGUGAUUCGGAGACCAGCCCUGAACAGACUAUCGAGGGCUCCUUGCGAGAUCCAGCUGCAGAAGCUACACUUGUGGGGGUCAUGGAGCCCUAUGUGAAUGUUGCAGCGAGGAACAACUCCAUCAUUCGUUCACGUGUUCUAUACGACAAUUUUCAUUGCUACCAUCAAUUCCCGAUCGCUCGCCACCAUGGGCUCAGACGGCCGUUUGCACGAGCACUCAGUGCAGCAUUUUUCAUACCGGUCGUGGAGGACAAGGCCGCCAUGGAAGCAGUACUGAAGGACUUCGGGACGACGUACAACGCUCAGCUUUUAUCAAAACCUGAGUGGGUGCUGUCACGAGUCCGGCGUCAUGUACCUCCACCUGAAAUUCUCCUGCCCCGUGUUGCUGACGUCAUCAGAACCUACGGUCCAAUCAAGGAUGCAACAACAGGACAACCACUUUUCAAUGACCGUGCUUGGGAAAUCGCAAAACACGUCAUGGAAAAUGUCCAGCUUGGAUACUACUCAGAUCCUGCAGACGUUGACCUUUACUUUGAGAUCGGGAAAGAUCAGCAUGGCCUGAUGUUGUACCGCUGUUGCCGUGGCACCAACAGUGUCGAAGGUGGUGUUCACCAGAAUCUCAUACGGCGCUACACAUCAUUCAAUACAUUGCCUCUUCAUGCUAUUAAUGUUGGCAACAUGAACCGCACCGGCAAAGCAUAUGUCGGACACUUUAAUGUCCCGCUAAAGAAUCACAUUGCUCGACUGCUGACCUUAACAAUGGAUGCACUAGUUCCUGCAAGCAGUGACUUUCGGUGUGGUUGGGUGAACGGCAAUGACUACGAGCUCGCACACGAGACUUUCGGCAUGAUCCAGUUUUUGCCCGCGUUUUUCAAGCCACUCGGAAUGUUGGAGUUCAACGAAGUCUUUGCACGCGAGCAGAACAUUCGGCACAAGUUCGUUGCAGAGUCCCAGGGCACGCUCAUGGCAAUUUUGCCUGUCCACACACGCGAGGAACGUGACCUUUUCCAGCUCCUCGUCCAGUCGUCUCCAUUAUUUUCGGAUUCCAACCGGCAACCGAACUGGACAGCUCUCGCAGUCGUUUGGGCUGGACAUGCUGAUGGCCGUAACAUUUUCUAUAAGCUCCCAGAACACCUCAAGACAUACUACAAGACAUGGACAGAUUUUUGCAAUGAGCAAAACACAAUUUCGCUCAACGCUGAAGCGAGUCGGCGCAUCCGUGCUCUCGUCCGCUCUGCCCCAACCAAUGUCACCAUCAAAGCACCCACAGCACUCCCCACAACCCUGCGUGACUCACUGGCAGUCAGCCCGUGUGUUGACAUCGACGAGGUCAACUCGUGGCAGAUUGGCAAGCUACUCGCUGACCAUGCCCUGCAGCGGUCAGCAGUCCACUAUCUUUAUGCUGACACCACUAGUAUGCACAUGCAUUCCUCGGUCACAGGAUCCUCGCGCGAGCGCAAACGAAAGGCAGGCAGCCACCCUACUACUACAACAGCAUCAGGUAACUGA